AUGGCCAGCCAAGAAGAUGUAGCAAUGACCACCGAACCCGCACCCAAACCUGCCACCAAUACCACCGCCACCAAAUCCACACAACAGCAACAGCGCCUCACAUCCCGCAAUCCGCAAUGGGCCUAUUUCAAGCUCCAAUUAAUUCCACAUUCGCAUCACACCAUCAAGAACUUUUCCAUCGACGCACUCACGGCACGCUCAUACCUCAUUUCUGCGCUGUCGCAGUUCCUGGGGUUGAUGGGGACGACUAUUGGAGUUGAUAUACUCAAGAUUGAGAAUCCAUCUUCUCCACUACCAGAACAGAAAGGAAUGAAAAUAGGGGCUGAUGUUCCGAAUGUCUGGAUUCGUGUACCCCGCGACGACGGGGCUGCUGUCCUCGCGGCGUUGAGUUCGUGGGCUGGAUCUUUGUCUUCUUCUUCCGGCUCUGUUGGGGCUGGAGCUGGAGAAUCGGAAGGUGUUGAAGAGGGUAGUGUUGCGUGGCGGGUAUGCGCAAAAGGGAAUUAUCUAAGUGCGAUUGUGCAUGGGUCUGGGGACGGGGUUUUCGCUCCGUGA